AAUAUUUCUGAAUCAGUAGAUUCGCUGAAUUCGCGUUACCAUUGAUAAUGUAUCUAUUAAAAGUUAACUUUUUAGCAGCAUUUGCUCUGAUCAUUUUCAUUUCGACAGUUAAAUCUCAAACGAGUCCAGAUGUUCGAAAAUUUGCUAUGAGUUUGAAGUAUAAUCUGGAAAAGAGUCUUCCUUCAUUGUUACAAAAUAUAUCAGCACUUUAUCAACCACUACAACUUAAAGAUGCUGAAGCUGCAACGAUUUAUAUAUAUACUUUGGAUGCAACUAAAUCAUUGUUGAAAGUUAACAGUUGGCAAAUUAACCCAUCAGUUGUAAAACAAAAAAGAGAAUCAACAGUAAUGACAAAUAUGGAAGAUUACAUUAACUUUAUCGUUGGAUUCAUCGUGAAUGGACUUGUUUUUGGAUUAAAAGCACUUCUAACUCCAGUCAUCUUAUUAGUUCAAGUUCUUCUUCUAAUAGUAGGGAUACUAUUGAACAUUAUUUUGUGGAUUCUCCGAGCAUUAUUAGCGACUCUAUUGACAGACUUGGGUGCUGGAGGUUUAGGAACGGCUUUAUCAUCAAUAUUAGGAGACGUACAAACUUCAGUAGAUGGGAUAUUAAAAGAUGUAGAAAAAUUAUUAGGUAAUUUAUCAUUAAUACAAAUUUAAAGAUCGAAUAAGCUUUUGAAAGAAGCUGAAACAUUGAUCUCAAUAUCAUUCAUGUUCGAUAUAUUGAUUCUGUAAUUAAUUUUGAAUAAAAAAAAUAAUCUUAACGAUGAAA